CUAAAUUGUGUGCGCUGAGAAGGCAAUGCUGUGCACAGACGUCAAAAUGUUUGCGAUUACUUUCCUGUAAAAUAAAUUAAAAAUUGGUAAUAAAAAUAGUUUUUGAGUGCAAUUUCUACAAAACAGUCAAAAUGCCGAAGAAAACGGGCAUGAACUCUAAAGCUGUCGAGGCUCGUGAACGCAAGGAAGCAACAAAGAAAGCCACUCAGGAGAAGGCAAAAAAAGACGCUGAGGACAAAUUGUGGCAGGAUGACGACAAAAACCUAGCAAAGAAGCAACAACGUCGUGAAGACGAAGAACGUAAGAAAGCUGAGCAACUCCGUCGUAAGGCCGAAAGUAAAGCACUGCUAGAUGAAGAAAUGUCAUCAAUUAAAACACAAGGUAAACAACCACUUGCAAAAAUCAGUCGCCAGCAAUUGGCAGAGGAGCUAGAGAAAAAGCAACGUGCCCUUGAUGCGAUCAAUGCAGCGAAACAACCCGCUGGACGUAUUGUUAUGCCCGCGCCAAUAAUUGAAGAGAAUCUAAAUCGUGCUAUGGCCGAUGUUGAGGUGGCAACAAAUGUCGAAGAGGCAUUGGCUGUUUUAAGUGUCAAAGAUGAAGUCAACAAACAUCCUGAAAAACAGAUGCGUGCCGCUUAUAAAGUAUUCGAAUCUGCUAACCUGCCACGCAUUAAGUCUGAAAAUCCCACGCUACGCCUAUCUCAGUGGAAGCAAAUACUGAUGAAGGAGUGGAACAAAUCACCAGAUAAUCCCUUUAAUCAAGCACAAUGAUUGUACCCAACAAAAAUAAAUUAGAACAGAUUUUUGGCAAACGAAUUUCACUUCAUCGAGCUAUAACUAUGGAAACAAAUAGGUCCUUUGGCAUAUUUUCAUGCAGAAGAAAAUAGUUUAAGUAGAAAUUAAAUUCAAAUGAUAUAUUAAUUACAAUAGUAUAUUAAUUAAAAAUUUUAUACUUCAAAGUCAAACAUUUGUUUACUUAAUGGUUUUCAUGCCUCCUGCCAAAACACCACCCUGUAUAUAAUU